AGAGGGCGCGAGGGUAGCAGCCGUAGGGAGCCGCCAGCCCUGCCUGCGGGUCCCCGCGGGGCGCAUGGGGCGCUUCGAGCCGGGACUGCGUGCGGGCCCCGAGUCCAGUUUCCUGCGGUCGUAAGAAGCCGCGCCAGGACGCCCCCCGGACCCUGAGCUGCUGGGAGAAUGACCAUGGCUGGGGGCAGGAGGGGACUGGUGGCCCCGCAGAACACGUUUCUGGAGAAUAUUGUCCGGCGGUCCAAUGAUACUAAUUUUGUGUUGGGGAAUGCUCAGAUAGUGGACUGGCCUAUUGUGUACAGCAAUGAUGGAUUUUGCAAGCUCUCUGGCUAUCACAGGGCAGAAGUGAUGCAAAAAAGCAGCACCUGCAGUUUUAUGUAUGGGGAGCUGACUGAUAAAGACACAAUUGAAAAAGUGCGGCAAACAUUUGAGAACUAUGAGAUGAAUUCCUUUGAAAUUUUAAUGUACAAGAAGAACAGGACACCUGUGUGGUUCUUUGUGAAAAUUGCUCCAAUUCGAAACGAACAGGAUAAAGUGGUUUUAUUUCUUUGCACUUUCAGUGACAUAACAGCUUUCAAACAGCCAAUUGAGGAUGAUUCAUGUAAAGGCUGGGGGAAGUUUGCUCGGCUGACAAGAGCACUGACAAGCAGCAGGGGUGUCCUGCAGCAGCUGGCUCCAAGCGUGCAAAAAGGCGAGAAUGUCCACAAGCACUCCCGCCUGGCAGAGGUCCUACAGCUGGGCUCGGACAUCCUUCCCCAGUACAAGCAAGAGGCACCAAAGACUCCCCCUCACAUCAUCUUACAUUACUGUGUUUUUAAGACCACGUGGGAUUGGAUCAUCUUGAUCUUGACCUUCUAUACAGCCAUCUUGGUCCCUUAUAAUGUCUCCUUCAAAACCAGGCAGAACAAUGUGGCCUGGCUGGUUGUUGAUAGCAUCGUGGAUGUUAUCUUUCUGGUGGACAUUGUGCUCAAUUUUCAUACCACCUUUGUUGGACCAGCAGGGGAGGUGAUUUCUGACCCCAAACUUAUCCGCAUGAACUACCUGAAGACGUGGUUUGUGAUUGACCUUCUGUCCUGUUUGCCAUAUGAUGUCAUCAACGCUUUUGAGAACGUGGAUGAGGUUAGUGCCUUUAUGGGUGAUCCAGGGAAGAUUGGUUUUGCUGAUCAGAUUCCACCACCACUGGAGGGGAGAGAGAGUCAGGGCAUCAGCAGCCUGUUCAGCUCUCUAAAAGUUGUCCGGCUGCUCCGUCUUGGGCGAGUGGCCCGUAAGCUGGACCACUACAUUGAAUAUGGAGCUGCUGUGCUGGUCCUGCUGGUGUGUGUGUUUGGGCUGGCUGCACACUGGAUGGCCUGCAUCUGGUACAGCAUUGGGGACUAUGAGAUCUUUGACGAGGACACCAAGACAAUCCGCAACAACAGCUGGCUGUACCAACUAGCGAUGGACAUUGGCACCCCUUACCAGUUUAAUGGGUCUGGCUCAGGGAAGUGGGAAGGUGGUCCCAGCAAGAAUUCUGUCUACAUCUCCUCGUUGUAUUUCACAAUGACCAGCCUCACCAGUGUGGGCUUUGGGAACAUCGCCCCAUCCACAGACAUUGAGAAGAUCUUUGCAGUGGCCAUCAUGAUGAUUGGCUCACUUCUCUAUGCCACCAUCUUCGGAAAUGUGACGACCAUUUUCCAACAGAUGUAUGCCAACACCAACAGAUACCAUGAGAUGCUCAACAGUGUUCGAGACUUCCUGAAGCUCUACCAGGUGCCAAAAGGAUUGAGCGAGCGAGUCAUGGAUUAUAUCGUGUCCACUUGGUCCAUGUCCAGAGGCAUUGACACAGAGAAGGUCCUGCAGAUCUGCCCCAAGGACAUGAGAGCUGACAUCUGCGUGCACCUGAACCGCAAGGUUUUCAAGGAGCACCCAGCCUUCCGGCUGGCCAGUGAUGGCUGCCUCCGGGCACUGGCCAUGGAGUUCCAGACGGUGCAUUGUGCCCCAGGGGAUCUCAUCUACCAUGCAGGAGAGAGCGUUGACAGCCUCUGCUUUGUGGUUUCUGGCUCCCUGGAGGUGAUCCAAGAUGAUGAGGUGGUGGCCAUCCUAGGAAAAGGAGACGUGUUUGGAGAUGUGUUCUGGAAGGAAGCCACCCUUGCCCAGUCCUGUGCCAAUGUGAGGGCCUUGACCUACUGUGAUCUGCAUGUGAUCAAGCGGGAUGCCCUGCAGAAAGUGCUGGAAUUCUACACAGCCUUCUCCCAUUCCUUCUCCCGGAACCUGAUUCUGACAUACAACCUGAGGAAGAGGAUUGUGUUCCGGAAGAUCAGCGACGUGAAACGUGAAGAGGAAGAGCGCAUGAAACGAAAGAAUGAGGCCCCCCUGAUCUUGCCCCCAGACCACCCUGUCCGGCGCCUCUUCCAGAGAUUCCGACAGCAGAAAGAGGCCAGGCUGGCGGCUGAGAGAGGGGGCCGGGACCUGGAUGACCUAGAUGUGGAGAAGGGCAAUGUCCUCACAGAGCAUGCCUCCGCCAACCACAGCCUCAUGAAGGCCAGCGUGGUCACCGUACGUGAGAGUCCUGCCACGCCCGUGUCCUUCCAGGCAGCCUCCACCUCCGGGGUUCCAGACCACGCAAAGCUACAUGCACCCGGGUCCGAGUGCCUGGGCCCCAAGGCGGGCGGGGGCGAUUGUGCCAAGCGCAAAGGCUGGGCCCGCUUCAAAGAUGCUUGCGGGAAGGGUGAGGAAUGGAACAAGGUGUCCAAGGCUGAGUCGAUGGAGACACUUCCCGAGAGGACAAAAGCAUCAGGCGAGGCCACGCUGAAGAAGACAGACUCGUGUGACAGUGGCAUCACCAAGAGCGACUUGCGGCUGGACAACGUGGGUGAGGCCAGGAGUCCCCAGGAUCGGAGUCCCAUCCUGGCAGAGGUCAAGCAUUCUUUCUACCCCAUCCCUGAGCAGACGCUGCAGGCCACAGUCCUGGAGGUGAGGCACGAGCUGAAGGAGGACAUCAAGGCCUUAAACGCCAAAAUGACCAACAUUGAGAAACAGCUCUCUGAGAUACUCAGGAUAUUAACUUCCAGAAGAUCCUCUCAGUCUCCUCAGGAGCUGUUUGAAAUAUCGAGGCCACAGUCCCCAGAAUCAGAGAGAGACAUUUUUGGAGCCAGCUGAGAGGUCUAUUAAAAGUCAGAGACAGACACCUACAACCUUGCCGUGACCACCAUCCCUACCACACACGUCCACAUGACCAACAAUUUUCAAGUAGGCUUUUCCUGACAGAAAAAGUGGGGCCGGUGGCUUAGACGCGCUCUUUCUCUAUCUGGAAAAAGAUACGGGAAGGGUAGCGUGCCCCUACCCUGCAAGGUGGCAGCUGCAUCUGAACCAUCUUUGCACAAUUUUGAAAGAAGGGACAUGCUGUCUAAAGGGUGUUUUCCUUCAUUUUUAAUUUUUUACUACCAUGAUAUUUGUAAAAGAGAAACUACCAGAACAGAGCAGCAGCCAUCUGGGGACUGGUGGGAAAGUGCCGAGAACCUCUCAUGUAUAUACCAUGCUGGGCUCCUUUGCCAAGACCCCCAACGGACUGUGGUGGGCCAGGGACUUCCCGGCAUCCCCGUCCUUGUACAGCCUGUGUCUGACAUCACCAUGUUCUCCUGUAGUUGUCAUUUGUAACUAGCUCGGGACAAGCGGAGCUUGAGGGACAGGAGGGUAGAGCCCGGAAACUUUCUGUCUCAUGGUUAAGGCCAGAAAAGCAGCUGCAGGUGUGGUGCAUGCCGCCCGUAGACAUUGGAGCUGGGAAUCCUCAGGCCUCCUUUCCCAAAGGUGAUGAGGCAAGGGUAAGAGCUGGAGAGGGGUCCUUAGGAUCCAGGGGUUCUCUGCGGUGCGGCCCACAGCCUGCUCCUCUGGGACAGUUGACAGGGAGGGCUCGGAGUCCCCAGCUGAGCCUCUGGCCGUGCUCCAUGCCGCUGGCCUCACACACAGGCUCCCUUGCCUCUGUUCCUUCUUGGCCUCUUCCCAAGUGUCCCCGUGGCAUUCCUCAGGGUAUGGAGCAUCGGCAGGAAGGGUCAUGAGCCCAGAGUUGCUUUAUUAACAAAGCAGACACACACAACCUCAGAACUGUAGCAAGUGCUAUGUUUAUACUUUGAUUCUCAUUGGGAUUGCCCUGCAGACCUUUGUAUUUUGUUCGCCGCACGGGGUCAUUAUAGGCACUUGGGAGCCAUGCUGGGCCUUAUUUUAAAGCCAGUCUCUCUAUUUCCUACUAAAGUCAGUAGGAUUUCAAGAGAAAAUGGCAAAAGAUUUCAGGAUCAUGAUUGUACUCUCUUCAGGAGCUGGAAAGAGAACGAAGCAGUGAGUUUCCAGCUAUCUCUGUAAGGUGAUGGAGAAAAGUGGCCUUGGAGCCGUGGCUCCCAGUGAUGGUCACAGGGCUGCAUAUGGGCCAUCCGAGCCCUUAUGCCACGAUGCUUGGGGACAGUCCACUGCCUCGUGGUCACCUAAGUCAGGUUAUUCAUGUGCUUGGGCUUCUCUCAAUGGCAUCUGAGAAAGGAAAGGGGAGAAGUCUCUUCCAGGCACAGUGGAGCUGGCCAGGGCAUAUGCCCUAGAGAGAGGUGUCAGGACCCCAAAUACUGACAAGCAAGGUUAGAAGUUCAGCUCUGAAGAGUCAGCUUGGAGGGAAUGGAAUUAGGAGUACAGGUGACAGCAUGGACUUAUCCAGGGAGCUUACCUUUGCCUAUGUUAGAUGGUGACCCCAUCCCUGGUACCUCUGCCCUACCAAAGAUACUCAGUGUUUCUGAGAGCCUCUGGUCCGAGCCUACCCACCACCCCACCCCGCCUCACCUCCUUAGUCCUGCCCAGUGCUCAUGGUGAGUCCCAGGGCUGGGCCCUCGGUUGUCUGUGCAAGGCAGGGCUGACCUCUCCUGGUUCACAGGGUUGGCACAGAUGGCCCUGGGAAGCCAGGGCCUGCGAGCUCAAGGGAGAGUCCUGCUCCAGGAGCCCUAACCUCAUAUGUAGCUUCUCACAUGAGGCUUACAGGGGCUGCCCCUAGCUUCUCCAGGCUGUGACAUAAUUAGAUUUAGCCUCAGGUGGCGGCAUGCAAAGAAGAGGAAUUCUAAUUUCCUAAGGCCGAGUCACAACUGUCUGACUUUGGAUAAAGCUAUGAGGCCUUCAGCCUCUUUCACUUGAGAAGCUGCCAACCAGUCCUUGGGUAAGAGCCCGUAAAAUAUCUAGAAUCCCAUCUGUUGGCUGCCCCCUAACAUUCUAGUCUGCCAUUUCUUAAACAUGCUCCUCAACCUGCUUCUGAAGUUUAGGAGCCACCACUUUUAAGGCAGGGUAGGCCUCUAAUCCACCCCCAAAACCCAGCCUCAGAAGCACCUGCCCCUGGAGACUUUUUGUUGCCUCCCAGCUCUCCGGGGACUUGAUGACAGGCUUCUUGUCCAGCACUCCAUAGCCAAUGUCAAGAGGCCCUGCCACUUCCCUCCAGCUCUGCCGGAGGGAGAUGGAUGUCCAUGAAAUCUCUCAGACCUCUGGGUAUGAGGGGCAAAGAUGAUGUAAGGCUUUGAAGUCCAGACAUGUUUUAGGGUGGAAUGUAGCUUUGGAAAUGCACUCCUGAAUCAGUGCAAACUGGGCUCAUGACUGGAAGCCAGCUCCUGCGGCAGGAAUCUGUUCCUCUUGGGGUCACAGGUGCACGUGUGGGUGCAUGGGCUUUAUUCUCCCGUAAUCCUCCCUAGGAUUUGAGGGAUUUUUUGCUGUAAUUGUUUUCUCUGAAAAAAUUGUGUAAAUGAGCCAAACCUUUCUCCCUUCCUUUUCACGCCAUGAACUUGGCCGCAGGCUGCUUUGUGCUGCCUUCCCAUGCCAGGAUGCCACUCUGGGUUCCCGAGCCAGGACCAUGUGCCUCAGACACCACUGACCUGAGCCUUCCAGUAUAAACCAUUAUCUGGUGGCUGGAGAGAGAUUAGGGAAACAAAAAGUUACUAGGUAUGGGACAGAACAUUUAGACGUCAGAAAAAGUAUGCCAAGAGAACAGAUUUGCCCAGGAUAUAUGUUUUUCCUUUUUGAGGAGUGGGGGCAUGAUAUGUGGCACCAUUGUCUAGUAAGUGCUAUUUGAUUUCUACUAAAUUCUUUGCUUUGAAUGUCAUUCAUACUGAAGCUCCAUUUCCCAGAGAAUAUCCUGACAGGCUGCUUUGAAGUGGGGAGGUCUUGUCCCUGUCACUUGGCUGCUGGUUGAACAUGCUCCUCCCGGCUGAUGGAGGGGGUGGGUUUAGGGUUAACUCUGAGAACUGAGAUGGUCAGUGAGGUGGUGUUUGUUCUUGGUGGGGGGGCACUGACUCCAGCAAUGGGCACUGCCAUCCCAUAUACUUACAAAGGGCUCCUCCACUGGACAUGACAAGAUAGCCAAAGGACAGAAACAGAGGGGACCAUUUGGUUGAAAAACCAAAUUAUCUAGUGUACAAUUAAUGCAACUCAUUGCAUUAAUUAAUGCAAUGCUACAUUAUGCUAACAAGGUUACAACAUUAAUGCUACAGGAUAGCCCAAGUAUUUAAAAAACUGAGCCCAUUUCGCAGCCUUCCAGCAAACUUUUGGAAAUACAUUUCUUACUUGAUUUCUUCUUGUUAUCCAAUCCCUGGGGGCCUGUUUUACCCUCAACCUCUUUGAUCCAGUGUGCUGCUGUUGGCCAAACAUCAGCCCUUUUGCUGGAAUCCUCCUCUUUCAGAAGUGGGGAGGGCUGAGCAGGGGUAAAAUUGUACUACACCACCCCAUCCCAUUCAGCAAACUUCCUCUCCAAAUCCUUAGAUGGAAGGUAUUAUACCAACAACUGUCAAGCUCUUUGUCUGAGCCCUUGUGGGGACUCUAGGAAUACUAGGUAUAGGAAGAUCCUCAUUUUCCCUUGUUGCACUGACCACUCUGUCUCACAUGCAUACUCUGGGAAAUUUUAGGAGCCCUGGUGGAGAUAGAUACACGUUGCUGAUGUGCAUUUGAUUAAUAGAUUGUACUAUGUCUUGCAAUAAAGACGUUUAGCCUUAAGACCCUUGAAUGGAACUCCAGCUGUGAUAGAGCUGCCAACGCCCCUUCCUCUCUCCUCCCUUAUCACCUAGUGUUGCUUAAAGAGGAGGCCAUUGAGGGCACACUUGAUGCCCCAGACAGCCUCCCUCUGUUGCUAAAUCAUUGUUAUUGCUCUAUAUACUGCCUUCUCACUCGCUUCAAUUAAGAUUACCUUCACCAGCUCCUGUGCCCUCCAUCUGGAGGAGACUUCAUGAUCCUCUCAGCACUGACUACAAACAUCAGAGAAAAAACCAUUUUCUCACCAAAGGUGUUCAUGUUGAGAAGUUUUAAUUUCUACCCCCUACAGCUCAAAAGAAUCAAUGUGAAUUUAUCUGCAGCUUAAAUUCAAGUGAAACUUCAUUCUCAUGUGAGCAUAUCAGACUUAUUCUGGAACCUCUAGAACUGGACUUGAAUUCCCUGCAGGUGCCAGAGCGGUGGGUGCCCUCCCUGCCUGCCAUUAAACUUUUCUUACAGCCCUUGUCUCUUUAUCUGGCUUCUGAGUCACCCGAUGGAUCCAUUAGUUGUUCAAUGAGAAGUUCACAGAUCUCGUAUCAGGAUAUAAACUGAUCUUACGUUAAGAAGGAUGCACCCUCCCCUAAUGAAUGUAUUCUCUUUAUAUUCCGAUGCUGUAUUUGUGCAUCAGUUGGAGACUGUCCACAUCCGACGUUUCGCCGGCACCUCAAGGACACUUUACUCAUGAGCAGUUCACCAUUCUGGGGCUUCUCCUUAUAUUAAUACGCUUUCCAUUGAGUCCUGCCAAAUCCCUUAUUGGGUUUUUCUUUUUCCUUUGCAUCUGUCACUUUGUCCAAAUGAGCAUGAAUAAACAAAAGUGUAAAUGAGCUGAUACUAUUUUUGUGGUCAGCUGAGGAUGCUGCCAAGAACACCACUGUAUAUCUGUGGCUUGGGAAUGUUAAGAGGAACGUGCAGGCCCCUCCAUUGAUGAUAUUCCCUUCUCAACAUUUUUAAACAAGCACAAAUGAUAUUUGUAAAAAAAAGUUUUAUUUAUUAUGGUAAUAAACUAUUUUAUACAUGA